UUGCUAAAGUGGCAGCACUGGCAGCAAGAGAUAUUUUAGUUAUAAACCUGCGGUCACACUUGAGUUAACAACAUCGAAGGCAGACGAAAAGAACUGCACCAAAGCGACAGAGACAGAGAUAGAGCUGACAGCGAACGCGUGAGAGGUGCGACAGAGAAAGAUAGCCGAGCAACGGCUAACAAUAAGAUCAGCAUACAAGAGAGGGAGAGAGAGAGAGCAAUGUACGUUGCAGCGACAAAACAGAGCUGCCAUUUGGCGGUGCUAUCGGUGCUAGUCCUGGCGCUGAUGCACGCGUCCCUGGUGCAAUGCCAGCUGGCGGGGAAGCUCGUCCAAAAUCCGUGCAGCGGCAAGGACAAGUGCCACACGUGCAUCCAGACCCAGAGCUGUGCGUGGUGCAUGCAGCCAAACUUUGAGGGGCGAUCGCGCUGCUUCCAGCACACCUCGCCGGAUGUCUGUCCCGAGCAGUUUGUCUGGAAUCCCGACACCUCGGAGCAAAUUCUCAUCAACAAGAACCUGACGCUAGCUGGCGAGAGUCAAGCGUACGGCUCAGCCGGUGGCUUUGGAGGCGGUGGUGGCGCCGGCGGGGGCGGUCAAUACAUAUCUGGCGGCAGCUCCUAUCAUCAGAGCUCCUCCAGCUCCAGCUCAAGCUCAAGCGCCAGUUCCUAUGGCUCCCAAUACUCUGGUUGGUCGGCCAGCUCCGGCGAGAUUGUCCAAAUCAAACCACAGUCCGUAAACCUGAAGUUGCGCAUCAAUCAAGUGCACAACCUAAAGGUGAGCUACACCCAGGCCGAGGGCUAUCCCGUGGAUCUCUACUACUUGAUGGACCUCUCCAAGUCCAUGGAGGAUGACAAAGAGAAGCUUUCCGCUCUGGGCGAUAAGCUGUCCGAGACGAUGAAGAGCAUCACAUCGAAUUUCCGCCUGGGUUUCGGUUCAUUUGUGGACAAGGUGCUCAUGCCCUAUGUGUCCACCAUACCCAAAAACCUGGAGGAGCCAUGCCCCAAAUGCGCUGCUCCCUAUGGCUAUCGAAACAUCAUGGGCCUGAGCACGGACACAUAUAGAUUCUCUAACGAGGUGAAAGAUGCCGCUGUCUCUGGUAAUUUGGAUGCGCCUGAGGGCGGUUUCGAUGCCAUCAUGCAGGCCAUUGCCUGCCGUCAGCAGGUGGGAUGGCGUGAGCAGGCCCGUCGCCUGCUCGUCUUCUCAACGGAUGCUGGGUUCCAUUAUGCGGGCGAUGGCAAACUGGGCGGCGUGAUAGCUCCCAAUGAUGGUGAAUGUCAUCUGGAUCUGCAGGGCAUGUACACGCAUUCGGUGAUUCAGGAUUAUCCGAGCAUAUCGCAAAUCAACCAGAAGGUCAAAGAGAAUGCCAUCAACAUCAUUUUUGCGGUUACCAAUUCGCAGUAUACCGUGUACGAGAAACUGGCCGCCCACGUUCAGGGCUCCUCGGCGGCCAUCCUCUCGAAUGAUUCCUCCAAUGUGGUCGAUCUCGUGCAAAAGGAAUACAAUAAAAUCUCCUCGUCGGUGGAGAUGAAGGACAAUGCCACGGGUGAUGUGAAAAUUACAUACUUUUCCUCCUGUUUGACGAACGGACCCGAGAUCCAGACCUCGAAAUGCGACAACCUGACGGUGGGCAAGCAGGUGAGCUUCACGGCCCAGAUUCAGGUACUGAAGUGCCCGGAGGAUCCGCGCGACUGGAAUCAGGUGAUUCAGAUCUAUCCCGUUGGCAUCAACGAGAGCAUGGUGAUCAAGCUGGAGAUGCUCUGCUCCUGCCCCUGCGAACAUCCCGGCUCCAUUGGCUAUGAGCCGCUGUCGCCGCACUGCAACAACUAUGGCACCUACAUGUGCGGCAUCUGUGACUGUGGCGAGCAUCAUUUUGGCAACACCUGCGAGUGCUCCGUCUCGGACAUGAACUCGACAAUCAAUAACGAUGCCAGCUGCAGGGCGGACAACACCACCAAUGUGGACUGCAGCGGGCGCGGCAAUUGUGUUUGUGGCUUCUGUGAGUGCUUCAAGCGUCCCAAUCCCGAGGAGGUGAUCACCGGCAAGUUCUGCGAGUGCGAGAACUUUAGCUGUGAGCGUAACAAGAACCAGCUGUGUUCUGGACCCGAUCACGGCACCUGUGACUGCGGCCGUUGUGUCUGCAAGCCCGGCUGGACGGGCAGCAGCUGUGCCUGCCAGGCCUCCAACGACACCUGCAUGCCGCCGGGCGGUGGCGAGCUCUGCUCCGGUCACGGCACCUGCGAGUGCGGCGUCUGCAAGUGCACGGCCAACGACCAGGGCCGUUACUCUGGCCGCCAUUGCGAGAAGUGCCCGACAUGCUCGGGCCGCUGUCAGGAGCUAAAGGAUUGCGUUCAGUGCCAAAUGUAUCACACCGGAGUGCUGAAGAACGUCGAUGACUGUGCACGCAACUGUACGGCCUUCACGCCGGUGGGCGUUGAGAAGGUGACAAUCGAUGAGCACAAGGAUGAGCAGAUGUGCACAUUCUUUGACGAAGACGACUGCAAGUUCAUGUUCAAGUACAGCGAACAGGGCGAGCUGGUGGUCCAUGCCCAGGAGGAGAAGGAAUGCCCGCCCAAGGUCUUCAUGCUGGGCAUUGUGCUCGGCGUCAUCGCUGCCAUUGUGCUUGUCGGCCUGGCCAUUCUGCUGCUCUGGAAGCUGCUAACCACCAUUCACGAUCGCCGUGAGUUUGCACGCUUCGAGAAGGAGAGCAUGAAUGCCAAAUGGAAUGCGGGUGAGAAUCCAAUCUACAAGCAGGCAACUUCCACCUUCAAGAAUCCCAUGUAUGCGGGCAAAUAAACAAUUCGCGCUAGAUCCCCCACCAUCCGCCAUCUAACUAAAUAUUAGU